CGUUAGCACGUCUGUAAUUAGCCUAACUAGCCGAGAGAUGAUAUUGUAGUCGUAGUGCAGAUAAUCAUUUCAUUUGUCAUUAAGCAACAAUGUCUUCAGUUGAGUACUUGAGAGAGUUUGUCAACGAGCGACUGGCUGUUGCUGCCGAAGAAUUCGGAUUUUUUGAGAAAACCAUCGUCGAGUACGAAGAGGAGAUCAACCGUCAGCGCAGACUGCUGGAAAACGUCUGGAAACCUGAAAUAAACGUACACAGGAUAGAGCUUCCACAGCAACAUGACUGUCAGGAGGAGGAGGUUCUUGCUGACCAGCCGCUCCAUAUUCAGGGGAGGGACUCCCGCUUGGUCCAAGAGGGUCCAGAAUCUUCCCAGAUUAAAGAGGAACAGGAGGAACUGUGCUCCAGCGAGGAAGAUGAGCCACUUGUACUGAAAGGAGAUGCUGACACCUACAUGUUGACUCCUACUUAUGAGGAAAGUGACGACAGUGAAGAUGAGACUCUGAGGUUCAGUAUGGAUAACACUCCGAGUGAGGUGGAGGAAAAGCAUUUAAGCUACAUUUCAAUUAUAAGUUCUGGAGUACCAGACCCAAACAGUGACCACCCGUUCCUCUCUCACAGCUCUCAUGUAGCUGAGAGCCAUCACAAAAGCAGAAGUAACAAUUUAGACAUUCACCAUAAUACUCACACAGGUAGAUAUUCCUUCAAAUGUGACACAUGUGGAAAAGAAUUUAAGUGUAAGUCAUCGCUGGAGCGACACAUGACCAUCCACACAGGUGAGAAACCAUAUCGAUGCAAAGUUUGCGGGAAAGAGUUCAGACUUAGCAGUGUCUUGAAAGUCCACAUGAGAACCCACACAGGUGAGAAGCCGUACCUUUGCAAGAUCUGCGGGAAAAGAUUCAGUCAGACAUCAACAUUAAACGUUCACAGAAGAAUCCACACAGGUGAGAAGCCGUACUUUUGUAAAAUAUGUGGGAAAGAUUUCAGACGUAACGAUGAUUUGAUAGUGCACAUGAGAACCCACACAGGUGAGAAGCCAUAUUCUUGCAAAAUAUGUGGAAGGGAUUUCGGAAGAAAGAGUAACUUGUUGGUUCACAUGAGAAGAGCCCACGCAGGCGAGGAGAAUUUGGAAGAACUGUGGGAAAAUGAAACAAUGCCUUCAUUUGAGUAUCUGAGGGAGUUCGUCCACGAACGGCUGGCUGUCGCUGCUGAAGAAAUAUUCGGAUUUUUCGAAAAAACUAUCGUCGAGUACGAAGAAGAGAUCGACCGUCAGCGCAAACUGUUGGAUAUCGUUUGGAAACCUGAACUAAAGAUACACAGGAUAGAGCUCCCACAGCAACAUGUCUGUAAGGAGGAGGAGGUUCUCCUUGACCAGCAGCUCUGUAUUCAAGAGAGGAGCUCCAGUCUGGACCAAGAGGACCCAGAGCCUCCACAGAUUAAAGAGGAGCAGGUGGAACUUUUUAUCAAUAAGGAGGAAGAGCAUCUUGAUCUAAAGGAGGAGACUGGUUCGUUUUUAUUGACUUCUACAUAUGAGAAAAGUGACCACAGUGAAGAUCAGACUCAGUACCUGAAUCCAGAUAAAACUCUUGCAGAGAAACAGUCUCUAGUGAACAUGCCAGCCAUAAGCUAUGUGGUAUCAGAAGCUCACUGUGACCAGCAGCUUCUCUCUCACAGCUCUCAUGAAGCUGAGAGCCAAGAUCCGGAAAGAGGCAAGAACAGAGACUCAGAAUCAACUGAAAAUGCAGAACCAGAACCUAAAAAAAGACACCACAAAAGUAGAAGCUGCAGUAAUCAUGUAAACAACCUUAAUUUAUCAGAGCUUCACCGUAAUACACACACGGGUAAAAGGCCUUUUGAAUGUGACACAUGUGGAAAAGAUUUUAAGUCUGAGUCAAAACUGAAUAUACACCUGAGCACCCACACAGGGGAGAAACCGUACCUGUGCAAGACCUGCGGGAAAAGAUUUGGUUACUCAUCAGUACUGAAAACUCAUCUACUUAUCCACGCAGAUAAGAAGCCAUAUGUGUGCACAAUAUGUGGGAAAGGUUUCAGAAUUAGCAGUGCGUUGACACUCCACAUGAGAAUGCACACAGGUGAAAAGCCCUACGUUUGCAACACAUGCGGGAAAACAUUCUGUGCCAUGCAAGUACUGAAAAGGCAUAUGGCAAUCCACACGGGGGAAAAGCCUUAUUCUUGCCAAACAUGUGGGAGUGCUUUCAGACAGAUGAGUGACUUGAAAGUCCAUAUGAGAAUCCACACAGGUGAGAAGCCGUACCUGUGCAACACCUGUGGGAACAUGUUCUGUGACAUCUCAGCGUGGAAACGGCAUAUGAGAGCCCACUCAGGCGAGAAGCCGUACGUCUGCAAGACCUGCGGGAAAACAUUUGGUUAUAUGUCAGUACUGAAAACUCAUAUGAGAAUCCACACAGGUGAGAAACCAUAUUCGUGCAACACCUGUGAGAGAAAAUUCUCUCGGAGGCCAGACUUGAAGAAGCACCUGAGAAUCCACACAGGUGAGAAACCGUAUGUUUGCACAACAUGUGGGAAAGCUUUCCGACUUAGUGGAGACCUGACGGUUCACACGAGAAGAGCACACACUGGUGAGAGGCCGUAUCUUUGCAAGACCUGCGGAAAAAGUUUCUUUGACGUGUCUUAUUUAGCAAAGCAUACAAGGUUGCAUACAGACAAGUAGCUUGCUUUGUGUUGGCAAAAUAUGUGGGAGACAAUUCAGUCCAUGUGGUUCGUGGUCAAAACCCACAAGAAGUCACAGAAGGGAGGAGACAUUUAAUUGCAGCACUUGUGGGAAAAGUUUUACUCGAAACACACUCUUAAAAAAAACACCAACCCAAAAGACGAGGAUCAUUAAACAGAGGAGAAACCAUUGAACAACUUGUGAAGAAGUUUUCAUUGACUGCAUGAAGAACAGUUUUACAACAGCUCCGUCUGUGUCACUGAAUGUAAAAAUGUU